UGCUGAGUCAUAGAUGUCCAGUUUUCGUCCUCACGUGUCACCUUCCAAAACCCUAGCCGCACCAACUCAUCAUCAUACUCGCCACCACAACUCACUCCUGCCACCUAUCGGACAUAGCCACACCAGCCAGCCUUCCCAACACCAACACCAACACCAACACCAACACCCUCUCUCUCUCUCUCUCUCUCUCUCUCUCUCUCUCUUCUCUGAGCUUCUGAGCUUGUGUUAUGGACAACUAGCCGUAGCUUCUCUCUGCCUUUGGAUCUAUCACACACCAAUUACGAGCAACAAGAGGAGAAUACUGAAGCCUUUUGUUCGUCCGACUUGGACUUCAAACUAGGCUGAAACUUGUUUUUGGAAAUUGCAAUCAAUUUGGUGUAAAACUGGCGGGGAUAAGAAGCAAAGAAUUACGCUUUUGUUUGGGUGGAAAAUAUUUUCUACAGAAAAGUUUUUUCAGAAAAUGUUUUCUGAAGAAAAUAUUUUCCCAUGUUUGGUGGUGGUGAAACGAAAGUGGAGGUGGAGGUGAAGGUGGUGGGGCGGCAGCGACGGUAAUAGCUAUGGUGAUGGUGGAGGUGAGAGUGCCGGUAGUGUGGUGACAUUGGUAAGAUUUAGUAUAGAAAACGUUGUUCCGCUUUUAACAGUGGAAAACAAUUUCUGCCCAUAUAGGCUUUUUUUCUGGUUUAAUAUAUAAAAAAUAUUUUUUCGUAAAAACAAACAGAGCAUUAGUGAAAGAGGAGAUGAAGAGAAGGAAGAAGAAACAAUGGGGGAGAAGAAUUAUUAUUAUGUCCCUAGUUAUGCGUAAAAGUUAUGAAUGGGAAAAUUGUGUAUACCAUGAAGUGAAAGUUGCUAAUUGUGAUUAUGUUAUGAAUGGUAUAGUGUAACUGUUACAAACUGUUUGUAGUGAGAAAUAUUAAUAACCAUUUUGAUGAAAAGUUACAAGAUGUUGUGAUAUUUGUUAUGGAAAGUUAUGUUGUGAUAGGUGCAUACGGUAAAUCCUUUUUAAUAGUGCACACCAUGGUAGCUCCCAUUAACAAAAUAAAUUAUAAAUUAAGAAAACUUGUAAUAAAAUCCUAACUAAACUCGCACUCUUGAAUAAACUAAACGCUUGGAUGUUGCCUCCUUCACGAUCUACAUCAAUUAUCUUGGUUGAGUGGAACUGUACUUCUGAGAGCUACUCAAAAAAUUAGGAUCAAAGAAGCUAAAGUGUCCACAAUAAUUUAAGGGGCAUUGGUGUAUGGAUGAUUCUUCCACUGCACAAGAUUUCUCUAAAAGCUAUAUUUCAUAGAAACAACAUCUUAGAGUCGUAAGGACAUUCUUAAUCUGGUCCUCAUGUUGUGGUAGAAAUGGAGGACAAUGGGAAAUAGGUACUAGAUUGGAACUCUACAUCUCAUCGAAAAGUGUAACUAUUUGAUUAACGUCAUUUAUUACAUCCUGAUUUGUGACUCAUUGUCAAGAUUCGAUAUGAGGUGCAAUGUGACACUUAUUAUGGCUAAGGUAACACUCAAUGGUGGAAGCAUUUUGAAGGGAGCCAGGGAAAGAAGAUCCCUUACACUUGGUGCUAGUGACUCUUUUAACUCCACUCAACCUCUCAAAGGAAACAUAUCUGGAUUAAUGGGAUUUUCCAGCUUGAGAGCCCUUGGAUAGGUGAUAGUUUUCUAUCUUUUAUUAAGCUUUAGGGGAGUGCACAUUAACCUCUUCUUAAUAUUUACUGAAUCUCAGCCCAUUAAUGAAGUUGAUGACUAUUUGUCAUGUGGAGUGUCAAGUUACUCACUGGUGAAUGAGAAUGGAGCAGGAUGGUAUUUACUAUUGUUCUAAAGAUUUUUUUUUGGGGUUCUUAUUUUUCCAAACAAGAGAGCAAAUGCAAAAUUAUGAAUGUUCCCAUUUAAAACACAAGUAGUGUUUAUUGAAAAUUACAAAAUUCAAUGAUGUUUUCCCAAACAUGUAGUAUUCACUGAAUCUUACUAGUUAUGUGUUAUUGGAGACAGAUAAACUUGUUCUUGAAAAAGUGUGAAAUUUUGAUAUGCCUUGCAGUUGGAUUUGAUAUUUUCAGUAACUUCAUAAAUUUAAGUUAGGCUACAUAAUAUCGUGCGACAAACAUUUUAAGGGAAGGGUGAUUAUUAGUACUGAUUGAAAUGGGGACUGGGGAAGAGAGCACACCAGCUAAACUUUCCAAGCCAACUGCUUCAGCUCAGGAAACCCCAACAACACCUUCAUAUCCUGAUUGGUCAAGCUCUAUGCAGGCUUAUUAUGGUGCUGGUGCUACCCCAUUUUUUGCCACGCCUGUUGCUUCUCCUACUCCCCAUCCUUAUCUUUGGGGGAACCAGCAUGCUUUAAUACCACCGUAUGGGACCCCCGUUCCCUACCCAGCUCUAUAUCCCCCGGGGGCAGUUUAUGCUCAUCCUAAUGUGGCCACGGCUCCAAGCAUGGGACAGACAAAUGUGGAGUUGGAAGGAAAGACCCCUGAUGGGAAGGAUCGGGUUUCAAAUAAAAAGUUCAAGGG